AUGUCUGGGACCAAGCUGGGAGCACAGGCAGAAAAUUUCCAAAAUCCAUCUUUGCUUGGAACUCCAAAUUCUCUGCAGCUCUCUCUUCCUGUGGUGAGCAAUGUGGCUCCUCUAACAGGCAGUGUCUGCAACCUCUCCAGGGUCUCUGUACCAGCCGUCAGCUCGGCAUGGCUACUGCCAUCAGCCUCUGGCACUUCUUUCCAACCACUCGUGGGUAGUGCCUACCUUUACCAACAUUCCAGCACAACCAUGCUGUCUGGAGCUUCUGGCCAGAGCCAGAACUCCAUUUCAGCUGCUUCUUAUCCAGGUAUUUUUGAAUGGGACAUCAUGGGAAGCACUGAAAAGACGUCAUCUACCCUUGGUGACUUCACUGUCACUGUCAUGGAUCAGGACAUGGCUGUUUCCUCCAUGCCCAUGUCAGCCCAAUAUGAUAAAACUUCAGACACCAAUACCAUGAUCCCUCUGUAUCCAUCACUGUCUGCCAGCCUUGUUCAGGGAACACCAUCUCAGAUUCCAAACCAAGGAACUAGCCUGUCACUUCCCUACCAGGAAGGGAGCCAGAUAUAUUACUAUAAUCAAGCAACACUGGGGCCCUUACUCUCUGGAGACCAUGGCUCCUGCCUGCAGUCCUAUGGCUCCGUGUCCUACACAGGAGGCAGGGUUUCUGCCACUCAACAAGAAAUGGUGACGGCGCUCAAGGAGGUUCAACCCACAAAUGGCCUACCACCAGCCUUGACCUCCAGAAUUUACUACUCUGUGUCUGCUCAACCCAUGACAGAAGCAAAUUUUCAAGUGAUGGAAACUUCCCUGGGGAUGGAGACUUCCCUGGGAUUGCAACUUCCAAGUCAGACAUUUUUUCUUCCAGAAACUCCAGAAUUCUCCAAGUCCUGCAGUAGCAGAUAUAUCCAGAUACUUGAGGGCAACCCACCACCUGAGCUUGGAGAUAUUUCAAUGACAGCUCCAGUCCAGAAUUCUGGCAAUGUCCUUGCACUGCCUCCAGCUCCAAGCCAGGCACAAACAGAUUUGGAUGAGAUUAAAACCAAGCUUUCAAAGCCUCUGGAUGCCUACCAGGUCACAAUAGAAAAUCAAGAUUCUCCACUCCUCCCCUUACAAAUCCCCGAUAUUCACCAGCUUCCGGCCUGUGUUGACCUCCUUGGCCAAGAGGAGCAGUCUUGUUCUGAAAAUGCUGAUCUGCAAAAAAACAGCAUGGGUCUUGAGGACCAAGGGACAUUUGAUAAUGAGAUGGAGUCUAGCAGUGGUCUUGCAGAUAUUGCUACACUGGUGGAGGAUGUUCACCUCCCCCAGCUCUUCAAUUCCUUGAAGGACCUUCAUCAAUCGAAAAGUCCCAAGGCAACCAAAGCCAUAGAUACCAAAGCCAUCAAUGGAAAUCACAUACAGGAAAACUCAAGCGUGAUAAAGGGUCCCUCUGAGCAAACCAGGAAGAACAAAUACAAAGCCUCCGAGCCUAUCAGUGAUGUUCCCAAGACCAAAACCCAGCCAAAGAACCCAGAGUGUCUGUUAGAGGAAGAACUGGUUGUUUGCAAUGCUGCAGCCAGUGACAAGGCUCUUACUGCCAAGACUUCUAACAGCAAAGCUCAGAAAACGGCAUCCAGCACAAUCAGCAAAACUAAGGGCCAUGGGCAGGAAAAGACCAAAAGGGCCAGAGAAAACAACUCCAAGAAGGCUAAAGAGAGUAAGCAGUCAAUCAAUAAAGUCAAGGGAGAAGAAAAGCCAACCAUUUCCAAGAUGAAACGGAAGAAAAAUCAACCUGAGCUUAGCCAAGAGAACUUUAAAAAGCCUCGAAGCUGCCUGGGCAUGCACAUGCUGGAGUCUGUGCAGGUUUUUCAUGCACUGGGGAAGAAGACUGACAAGAAAACUGGACUUUCUUCUUCCCAGACCCUGGGAUGCUCAAACAACAUGAAAGAACACUGGCCACCCCCAGCGCUCAAACCAUGGCAGGAUACUCCACAUGAGGGAAAAAAUCCUGAGAAAACUCAAGACAAAACCCAGAAAGCAGAAGGCAGUGCUGAGAAAGAGCGUUCCUCUCCAUCCCAAUACGAGCUGCCACCUCCUGGGAAGGUCAAAUUGUUCCCUUUGCCUUUUCUGACCACAGAGAAGCCUCCAACUCGACCUGUUCCUCAGAGGACACAGUCUCUGGCCUCACAUCAGCCUUCUGUGCCUCAUCCUCCCCGGUCUGGUACUACUAGCUCAGCACAACGUAUUGCAGUCAAUUCAUCGUGGCCAACUCCUGCCAAAGCAUCCUGGGCAGGCUCUGCCAGACAAGUUUUGCCAAUUUCGACCAACCCAACCCAGCCAGGUUUACCCAACCCUACCCGGCCUAGUGUUCCUCGGUCUGCUGCUUCGGGGCCUGCACCCUACAAAACACCCUCUUGCACUUCUUUCCAACGGGACCUUGUUCCCACUGCUGGGACCAAGCUCCAGUCCCCACCCAAGCCUCAAAACCAGUUUCUACUCCAAGACUUCUCCUCUCAACCAAUUCCGUGGAGGAAGCCCAAUGUUUCUGAGCCAGUGAUGUCAAAGCCCAUCACAGAAGAGCAGAGACCAGAGCGUGAGGCCAUGAAGAGGAAGGCUCAACAGGAGCGUGAGAAUGCUGCCAAAUACACGUCUUUGGGGAAAGUGCAGUUUUUUGUUCAGAGAGAGAAAGAUAUGGAAAUUGCUCAAUACUAUGGCUACGCAAUAUAAUAGGAGUUACUAGGAUUUCUGGUGUACCAGCUUGUGUACCAGCUAUUUUUCCCUAUAGA